AUGGCACCAAUCACUUGCAAAGUCAUCGACACCACCAACCGCGGACAACCCGGAGUCUACGUGGUCCUAGAGUGCAAAGAUCAACAGCAUCACGUCAUUGCAACACUGGAAUCAGUGACUGAUGAAGAUGGCGGAGUCAGUCUGUGGUUCCCAACACCAUCACAAGGUCGAACGGACGAAGUGGGGCCACAGAUUGUUGACAGCCGCGUCAAUCCUAGGGUCUCUUUGACUUUCUUCCCCCACGCGCCGCUGUCAACAUGCCCAGCCCCGUUCUUGUCGGUUCAGACGGACUUGUACCUCGACAGGGAAGAAUGCCACGGAAUUAUCCUGUAUCUUGACCCUAAUCCGCGACUUGAGCACUACCCUUUCCCGGUAGCCAGCCCGCUCACGCAAGUGCCGUCGCCGCAAGAAUUGCCAAUCCCAUCCCCGCUGAUACUGCCCCCGCCAGUCAGCCCAAAACAGGCAAUCGCCGAUACUUCUAUGUGA